UUAAGAUACAUAUUAAUAAAAUUUUUAUUAUCAUUACUAUAUUUAUUUAAUUUUAUUUAAUUCCACAAGAAUAAAAAUUCAUGUUUCAUUACUAUCGUAAAAAGAGCCACCUGUUAUAAGUUGCCAAGUUAGCAUCUUUAGCACAAUUAGCAUUCUUGCGUACAAAAAUGUAAAGUGGUGCAACAACAAUAAUAAAUAUAAAUAUUAAAUAUAUGAAAUUUUAUUAGAAAAUUAAUUAUAACUACAUAUAUUUAAAAAACUCCAAUUUUGUAAAAGAAUAUAGUAAAAAAAAAUAUAAAUCAUGGAUGAUAAAUGCGUCAUAACAAAGCUUCCUCAUCACGUACAACAAAAAUUGUGUCAUACACGACCUCCUUAUAGACAAGGGAAAAGAUUGACGUCUGUGAAGGUAGCAUUGUGAACUUGUUUAUACAAUAAAUGAUGAAUCAAAACACUUAAUGAUAUGUGGAGUACCAAAACUCCAAUUAGGUGAUGAAGUGAGAAAGCUUGUUGAACCUUAUGGUAAUAUUAGAAAGAUACAUGUAGUGUCUGAUUAUCCCACAGAGGAAUUUACAGAAGCAUAUUAUAUACAAUAUGAUCGUAUACAAAAUGCAAGAAUAGCAAAACGAUUCAUUGAUGGCAAAAAUUUUUAUGGAGGUUCACUACAUGUUUUUUAUGCACCUGAACUUGAAAGUGUCUCGGAAACUAGAGCUAAGCUCCUUCAACGUCGAAGAGAAGUAGCUAUACGUAUAAGAAAAAAUCAACAAGAUAUAUUGAAUCCAAAUACUGAUAAAUUUGUUCCAAAAGAACAGUAUAAUAGAAGAAAAAGAACACCUGCUUUACCACUGACAGAAGAGCGCCUCUGGCAACAAUAUCCUGGAGAAACAUUAUUUUCUAUUUAUGAUGGUAUACCACAAAGUCUAGAUCCAAGGCCAAUAUGUGAACCUAGUCUACCAUCAACAUCAUCUGAAUAUCAAGCGGAUACUGCAUCUAAUUCAUUGCAAAGUCCCUAUUAUCCGACUGAAGCUAUUAUUGCUCAAGCAAGUGAAUUUAAAGAAACUACAUCAAAAUUGGACUGUGUAAGAAACAAAAGAAAAAAUUACAAGGGACAGCCUAUUAAUAAUAAUCUCAAAGUUAGAGUUGUCAAGCCACAAAUUGUCGAUACAAGUGCUAUAGCAAAAUGGGAUACUUCAAAUAAGAAUAUAUUUUCUAAUCCAAAGAAGGCUCGGAAUAAUAUAAUUAUUAAAUUAAUACCAAAAAGUGAAAAUGAGAAAAAAAGGAUUGUAAUAAAAGAUCCAAGUGUUACCCAGUUAGUACAACCAAGCGAAAAUCUGCAAUUGUCAAUUGAAAAAGCCAAAUCUCAGGUACGAGCAGCGAUGCAAAUGAACAACAAGGAAAAUCCAUGAUUCUAUAUCAAGACAAAUAAUAAAAAGUUUAUUCAAAGGAUUAUUUAUUUUACAUCAAGUAGAUACGCACUAUUCCAAUCGAAUAACACUUAUGUUUAUAAUUAAUUUUUACAAUUAUUUGAAUUUGUUUAAAAUAUAUAAAAAAUAUAAACUAUGUCUAAAUUUGUCCUAUUAUAAAAAAUUAAUAAAACCCUAAAUGAUAAUCGUCGAAUCUGGAUCCCACUGUAUACCAGCUAAUUUCGAUUUUGUAGUAUGUUUCUUGUGUGGUGGUGUGUUUUCUUGCAAUAUUUUUGAGGUAAUACCUUUGUUCCUAAAUACCUGUUGUGGUGAUUUUAUUAAUAAUGUUUGUACUUGUCCAUUAUUUGAACGAUUUCCGAGAGGAGUUCGAAUCUGAAAAUAAAACAUGAAAACUUUAUAAUA